CCUUCCAUCUUCCAUCUUGCAACCCAAAAUUUCCCCAAAACAACAGUCAUGUCGUCACACAGAGGUCAACCCCUGUUUAGUGGUGGCAUGUAUGAGCUGCUCAAUAAAGGCGCUGCCGAACAUGAAGAAGUUGAGGAGGAGGAGGAGGCCCCUGUAGAGACUUCUCCCGAAAAUCCUUCCGGGUCUCAAAGUCAAACUGCUACGUUGUCCAAGUCUGCACGAAAGCGGCUGGCUCGACAAGCUUCCAAGGGCCUGGACGGAAAAUCAAAGUCCAACAAGCAGUCAGGUUCCGAAACCGAAAGCCCUGGUACUCCUUCAGUCCCUGGCGCGGAGGAAUUUCCAGAGACGAAUAUAGAAGCUCCUAUCCCUCAAGAAGCGCCUAAGCAACAGGCUUCUAGUCCGGCGAAGACUGAACUCGAACAUUCUACCACCAGUCCUUCCCAAAUUCCCGCCUUAGAGAAGCAGAUUCCCGACAUCGCUCCCAAGAAGACUAAGCCUGUUACCGCGGUCCCUGAGAAAAAAGAGGAAAAUAAGGAACAGAAGAAGGAGACUCCCAAGAAGGCCGACGCUGCCCGCUCUUCUAGCCCCCCUUCUUCAAACUUCUCUCCUUCCCUGCCGGCUACUCUUCCUCAACCGACUGGCAAUGCUCUCCCUGCCAACAGGAAAAGGAAGACUCCUCAAGACUUUACACCCGCUGGUCCUGGAAACGUCAUGAACUCUGCUAGCCCUAGCAAGAUUGCUGUCAAGUUUGAGGAUGGUCUUGCUCCCGGCGAGGGCAAGGAAGGCGAGAAAACCAUUGCUCCCAAGAAAAAUCGCAACAUGAUUGAGAGGACGAUCUGGACCUUUAUCAUGAUCGGCGGCUUCAUCGUUCUUCUCUGUAUGGGUCACCCCUACAUGAUCCUUCUCGUCAUGUUGUGUCAAACGCUUGUCUACAAUGAGGUCACUGCUCUUUUCGACCUUCGUGACCACGGUGGUUCCAAGGCUGCUACUCCUGGAGAGCAAGGCGACAGCUGGAACAAGACUAUCAACUGGUAUUUCUUCGUCGUGGCCAACUACUUCCUCUACGGCGAAUCUAUUAUCUAUUACUUCAAGCACAUUGUCUUUGUGGACGCUUAUUUCAUCCCCUUUGCUCGCAACCACCGAUUUAUUAGCUUCAUGCUUUAUGUUGUUGGCUUUGUUGGGUUCGUCGCAAAUCUCCAGAGGCAGUACCUUCGUCAGCAAUUUGCUCUCUUCUGUUGGGUCCAUAUUUCACUCUUGCUCAUUGUGGUGUCUAGCCAUUUCAUCGUGAACAACAUUCUCGAAGGUUUGGUGUGGUUCUUCGUUCCUGCAUCCUUGGUCAUCUGUAACGAUGUUAUGGCAUACGUUUGCGGCAAGCUUUUCGGUAAGACUCCUCUGAUCAAGUUGAGUCCUAAAAAGACUGUCGAAGGCUUCGUGGGCGCUUUCAUCUGCACUCUUUUGUUCGGCAUUGCUUGGGGUACAUUCUGGAUGCGAUAUCCUUACAUGAUCUGCCCCGCCCGUGAUCUUGGUACCAAUGUCUUCUCUCAGGUGACUUGCCGACCCAACCCUGUCUUUAUGUGGCACAGUUUCGAGUUUACCGGUGUCGCCAGGCAAGCUCUUCAGACUAUCCUCGGCCACCCCCCACCUUCCAUCCCCUACGCUCCCUUCCAAAUCCACUGUCUCGUUAUGGCCACCUUCGCCUCUUUGGUGGCUCCCUUUGGCGGCUUUUUUGCUUCCGGCUUUAAGCGAGCUUUCAACAUCAAGGACUUUGGUCACUCUAUCCCUGGACAUGGUGGUAUGACUGACCGAAUGGACUGCCAGUUCAUGAUGGGUCUUUUCUCUUACGUUUAUUACAGCUCACUCAUCCGAAUCCAAAACGUGACUGUCGGUGGAAUCAUGCAGGCUGUAGUCACUUCCUUGACCCAGCCUGAGCAAAUUGAGCUUUUGUAUGAUUUGAAGAGGUUCUUGGCUGGGCAAGGAGUCAAGGUCUAAAUACCUUUCUUGUUGAGAGGUGGUGAUGGAAGAGUUAAUUAAAAAGGGAUAAUGUGAAUACAUCAGCAUCAAGACACCAUUUUGUCUUCAUACCGAAUGCAUAACG